AUGGGGGAGUCGGGCUCAGUUGAUGUUAUACUGGAGUUUUUGAGGAGGAACAAACUUACGAGGGCAGAGGCUGCUUUGCGCAGUGAACUAUGCAGCCGCUCGGAUUUGAAUGGAGUACUUGAAAAACUUGCCCUUGAAGAAAAGGAUGAAGCAAAUGGGGGCGCACUGGCUGCAGAAAAUCAAGUCACGAGUUAUCAAGGUAGUGGGGUAGUAGUUUCUAAGGAGCUUAUUGUCAAGGAGAUAGAGUGCGGGGCUGCGAGAAAUGGGUCCGAGGGCAUAUGGAAAAAGGAGGUUGCUUAUGUUGGGGAACGAAGUAAGGGUGACGAACUGGUUGGGACGAGUGACAAGCAUUUUACCUUUUCUAAGAGUUUGGAGGAUUCGGUGCUUGAUUUGUAUAAUUUGAAGUACAAUCCUAGCAAUGGCCCACUUGUUUAUUAUCAGAAUGAUGACAGUGUCAAUGAGAACAGCUUUUCGGAGUUUCAGGUCUCUGUUCAAUCAAGGUUUCAGUCGGCUGAAAUUUCGGAUAUUGGUAAAGCUAAUGCGAAAUGUGGCGAAGAUAUAACUUUUUCGAGUGAAACGAAAGCUUCAUGGCUUGGAAGCACUAGCAAAGCAAAUGUGGAAUUAAAGCACGAGAGGAGCCAAACUAACGAGCUUAAGGAAGUUGAUCAGCAACACAGGAUCAGUGCUGCCUACUCCAAAGAUGAGUUUGUGGAGAAUCCGUGGUCUAGAAGUGAUAGACCCUCAAAUCCAUCUUCAGAACUGUGGAAAACUUGUUCAAUCAAACCUGUUUUCCCAUUACCCAAAGUGGAUGCGUCUACCAGUUAUGAUAACUCAAUUGGCAUAACUGACAAAAAAGAAGGAAAAAGAAAAGUUGAGAUCAAUGACAUUAGGGCAUCAGUAAAAGAGGAAGUGGAUGAGGUUGGAAGAGCUUUGUACUUUGGAAAGGCUCAAGGGAGUGCUGAGCCAAAAGGUUUUAGUGCCUUAGGUUUUCAUCUUGCAUCUGAGAAUCAAAAAGAAGAGUUCCCAAGGUUGCCACCAGUUAGACUUAAGUCAGAGGACAAGUCUUUCAAUAUAAAUUGGGAGGAGAAAUUUGAAUGUGAUGGAACUGAAUCGAAGAUUAUUAAUGCUGAAAAUGCCUACCUUAUAGGGUCAUUUCUUGAUGUUCCUAUUGGGCAAGAAAUUAACUCUGCAGGUGGAAAAAGGCAUGGAGGAGGCAGUUGGCUCUCUGUAAGUCAGGGCAUUACUGAGGAUACUUCUGAUCUUGUUUCUGGGUUUGCAACUAUUGGUGAUGGAUUGAGUGAAUCUAUUGACUAUCCAAAUGAGUACUGGGACUCAGAUGAAUACGAUGAUGAUGAUGAUGUAGGCUACACUAGACAACCUAUUGAAGAUGAGACCUGGUUUUUGGCGCAUGAGAUUGACUACCCUAGUGACAAUGAAAAGGGAACAGGCCAUGGGAGUGUUCCAGACCCACAAGAAAGAGGUCCUAGCAAAGCUGAUGAUGAUGAUCAAUCUUUUGAGGAGGAGGAUUCUUACUUUUCUGGUGAACGGUAUUUCCCCUCAAAAAAUGUUGAUCCAGUUGCACCUUCUGAUGAUCCUGUAGGGCUGUCAGUGACUGAAAUUUAUGGGAGGACAGAUGAAAAUAACUUGAUAGCUCAAUAUGAUGGACAGUUGAUGGAUGGAGAGGAACUGAAUUUGAUGCGUGCAGAACCUGUUUGGCAGGGCUUUGUCACUCAGACAAAUGACCUUGUAAUGUUAGGGGAUGGGAAAGCUCUGAAUGAGUGUGUAAGGCCUCGGCUGGACGAUGUUUGUAUUGAUGAUGAUCAGCAUGGCUCAGUUAGAUCUAUUGGCGUGGGAAUCAGCAGUGAUGCUGCUGAUAUUGGUAGUGAAGUGCGGGAAAGUCUGAUUGGAGGUAGUAGUGAGGGGGACUUAGAAUACUUUCAUGAUCAUGAAGCUGGUACUGGUGGGUCCAGACCAUCGCAGAAUGGUACCAAUAAGAAACAUCUUGGUGGAUUCAACAUUGACAAGAGAAGAACUAAUCAGGAUUCUGAUGAGUACAUAAUGGGAAAUGAUAAAAGAGGGUGUGAACUGGUGAAAACUCACACAGAUGGGGGGUUCUCGUUUGUCCCUCCUAGAGAUGGGCAGUUGGUGCAGACGAGCUCUGGUAAAUCUCUGUGGUCAAACAAGGGCAACACUAUUAUAAGUGAAGAAAGUGGAGAGUGUCUAAAUACUCUGAUGGGAAAUGAUGACAUGCUUGCUUCAUGGAGGAGAAAAAGCAGUGAGUCUUCACCUAUCAAGAGUUCAAGGGAUGAAAACAAUGCUAAUGCUUCAGGAUCUGCAAAUUCUAGCCCCUCGAGUCUCUCAAACUAUGGUUAUGCCGAAAGAGAGCAUGUCAAGGGAGAAGAGGAUGAAAAAACUGCUAGUGCAAGAGAAGAGGAUCCAGGAGUAUCAUUGGAGGAUGAAGAAGCAGUUGCUGUUCAAGAGCAAGUAAAGCAGAUAAAGGCCCAGGAGGAGGAAUUUGAAACCUUUAAUCUUAAGAUUGUGCACAGGAAAAACAGGCAUGCUUUCACCUACAGAUUUAAUUACUUCUGCAAUUUAUAUCAAGAUGUUUAG